CCUCUCUGGGUACCCCUCUGCGCAUGAGUGGCUCGUCACGUGUUCCGAACGUCCGGCUUUCGCCCCGCCCCGCCAGUUUCCGCGCGCCUCUUUGGCAGCUGGUCACAUGGUGAGGGUGGGGGUAAGGGGGCCGCUCUAGCUUGCGGCCUGUGUCUAUGGUCGGGCCCGUAGCGUCCAGCUGCCCGGGACAGAGCUCGAGUGUAUGGCGCCGCAGGAUCUGGCUCCGGGGCCCCGAUAACGGGCCGCCCCCGCAGCUCCCGGCACGGAGUGAGGGUCUCCUCUGAUCUGAGAAUGGCUACUCCUCGAUAUGAGCCAGUGGCUGAGAUUGGUGUUGGUGCCUAUGGAACAGUAUACAAGGCCCGUGAUCCCCACAGUGGCCACUUUGUGGCCCUCAAGAGUGUGAGAGUCCCUAAUGGAGGAGGUGCUGGAGGGGGCCUUCCCAUCAGCACAGUUCGUGAGGUGGCCUUACUGAGGCGGCUGGAGGCUUUUGAGCAUCCCAACGUUGUCCGGCUGAUGGACGUCUGUGCCACCGCCCGAACUGACCGGGAGACCAAAGUGACCCUGGUGUUUGAGCACGUGGACCAAGACCUGAGGACCUAUCUGGACAAGGCACCCCCACCAGGUUUGCCAGUGGAGACCAUCAAGGAUCUGAUGCGCCAGUUUCUAAGAGGCCUAGAUUUCCUUCAUGCCAACUGCAUCGUUCACCGAGACCUGAAGCCAGAGAACAUUCUGGUGACCAGUGGUGGGACAGUCAAGCUGGCUGACUUUGGUCUGGCCAGAAUCUACAGCUACCAGAUGGCACUUACACCUGUGGUUGUUACACUCUGGUACCGUGCUCCAGAAGUUCUUCUGCAGUCUACAUACGCAACACCCGUGGACAUGUGGAGCGUUGGCUGUAUCUUCGCAGAGAUGUUUCGUCGCAAGCCUCUCUUCUGUGGGAACUCUGAAGCUGACCAGUUAGGCAAAAUCUUUGACCUGAUCGGGCUGCCCCCAGAGGAUGACUGGCCCCGAGAUGUGUCUCUCCCCCGAGGAGCCUUUUCCCCCCGAGGGCCCCGUCCAGUGCAGUCAGUGGUACCUGAGAUGGAGGAAUCUGGAGCACAGCUGCUGCUGGAGAUGCUGACUUUUAACCCACACAAGCGAAUCUCUGCCUUCCGAGCCCUGCAGCACUCUUAUCUACAAAAGGCAGAAGGUAACCCAGAGUGAGCAGUGGAGUGGCCGCAACAAUACUGAGAGAAGAGAAGCUGUCAUUUCCCUUCCUUUGAACACUUGAGUGGAGAGCCCCCCAGUUGAGUAAGGCCAUCUUGGCCUUCAUCUCUGAGGCUAUGGAAACUCCUCCUCCCACUUUUUACUGAGAAUAUUUUGCUGCCUUAAUGACACCCCCCACCCCCUUUUGAGGCUUAUCCUUCUCCUGCCCCCUUAUUUUCGUACACCAAGGGGUAUGUCCCUUGUUCUCCCCUUUCCUAUCUUGAUAUCGGGAUCUUUUUUAUACAGGAAAAACAAAAGAAAACAAAGAAAUACGGUCUUUUUUUUUUUUUUUUUUAAAUGUUUCUUCCUUUCUUGGGCUUUGCCAUUUGGGGAUUGGGAAAAACCACUUGGGGGAUGGCACUUUCCUAUAGAAUCUUAAAAGGUUCUCCCCAGUUCACAGGGUCUAUGUAGGCAAGCGGAGCCCCUCAGCUGGCAAAAGAAAAGGCACUUACGUUGUUUCUUUGAAUAUGGAGUUUA